GACAACAGUCGCAGACGCUCACCCCGCUCGGAGAGCGAGAAGCUAGACAUGGUAUGCAAUUUCAUGCGGAAAGAGCUCCGUUGGGGUGUGACCGACUUUGUCAAGGCGCUAGCUUCUGCUGAAGGUCCUAACAAUACUCGUCGAAGGACUGCCUUCGUAACAGCGGUCUACAAGGACCCCGAAGUCCUAAAAUCCUACUUUGGCGACGCGGAUCAACUCGGGGGUGAUGGCAGAUUGUCUGUCAUUGAGACAUUGGAUCUGGGCAACAAUGAGUUGCGGAAAGAGGUGGAAAGACUAGGUACAAUGGCGCCAUUUAACAAAUUCGAUCCCACUCCCAAGGACGAAGAAUUCGACGCACUCGACAUGGACCAAACGCUAAAUACAAUGCAAAGCGAAGCGCCUCUGUUGCUACAGCUUAUAAGAGAUAUCAUGGCGCCCGAAUCUCGACGGAAAUAUCAGCGCCAAAAAGAACCAGUUGCUCGAAUUGUCGCCAUCAUAUCAAUCCUCUGUUUCUCUCAGCGGCAACACACCUGCACGGGGUUUCAGAAGGCGUUGGGUCUCUACCUGCAUUCUAAAGGCGUGAAGCGUCAGCAACUAGAGCUCCUCGCUCGACUUGGACUCGUCGUCAGCUACGAUACUGUCGUCCGAGCCAUCAAAGAACAGUCAACUCAAGCAGUGAUACAAGUGGAAAGAAUGGGACAGAGUGACGAUGUCGUAACGGCGUAUGAUAAUUUCGAGACAAUGGAAGGCGUCAAGGAACAGAGGGUUGAUCACCAAGGCACCUUCCAUUCGGUGACAACGGGC